UUUUGGUGAAGUUUUUCACGAUGUUCUUCCUUGUUCUUCAACUGUUUCUUCUACAUUCAUCAAAUGCUCAACCGUACAAGUGUAGGUCUGAGUACAAUCCAUCGGAUUACCGAAGACAUUCCGGUGUUCCUCUAGAUUGCAAUGUAGAAAGUUUAGGUUGUCAACCAUCAUGGAAGUCUGGGAUACCCGAAGGAAGUGAAGCAUCUCAACCAACGAUUUACACGAAAUUUCUGUCUUGUCAAGAACGAUUCUCUCUUUGCGGUUAUGUCUACGUUGAUUAUGAAACUGGAAAUGCAAAAGAUGGCGUUCAUAUCGCUGCAGGGGUCAAUUUAGGGAAAUUGUCGAACUCAUCACUUUCUUCUUUGUCCACAAUGCUUCGCAGUAAACUUCAACCGUAUCUUGGCUUAAAAGGUAAUUUAGCAGCCUGUGCUGUUCUUGAAAUGCCGCUAAAUAUCAGCCAAGCUGAAGCAAAAUCCCUUACAGACCUUUUAGUUAACGAGACGAUUUAUAACAUUUCAAAAAGAUACGAUGCAGAAAAAAGUAGCACAUCUUUAGUGUUUUUCUCCCUUCCUCGCGGUAUUCGUACGGCCAUUGUUAGUGUUUCGUAUCAACUUGGUUCUCCCGAGGCGUUCAACAAUCUUUGGCAAUUUGUGACGAAAAACGAUUGGGAUAAUGUGGUUAAGAAUUUGAGGAAUUUUUACUCGAAUCAUAAUGAGCAAUCGCGACGAGAUUUAGUAAGACGCAAUAACGAAGCUGAUAUUAUAGAAGCAACUCUCUCAAAAUGUAACAGUUCUGUUGAUCUUGUCUUUCUUCUGGAUGAGUCUGGUAGUGUGAGUAGGGGGAAUUUUCAAAAAAGUUUGGAUUUUGUUUUAAACAUUAUUAAAUCGUUUCCCGAUGAAAGAUUGAGCGGAGAGGGCGGUUCAAGAUUUGGUCUAUCAACUUUUUCAACACCACCGUAUAUUUCACAUUUUCAUUUGAACGAUUACACUACCCAAUCAGAAUAUAGGACGGCAAUAGAGUCCGUUAAGUACAAUAGCGGAUGGACUUACCUUGGUGACGCACUUCAGAACAUUUUAACAGAUCAAUUCACGGAAAAUCGAGGACUCCGUCCUGCUGUAAAAGGUGUACCACGAAUACUCAUCAUUUUAACGGAUGGAAAAGCGACCGAUAGCGUCUUAACUCCAGCAAAGAACAUACGAGACAACGAAAUCUCAAUUUAUGCUGUCGGAGUUGGUGGAUAUGAUAUUGAUGAACUUAAGGAAAUAGCUUCAUCAGAUAAACACGUUUUUACUCUUGACACGUUUGCGCAACUCAAAGCUAUCGUUUCUACGAUCACUUCUUCAACAUGCUACAAGCCUCGUGCAGCAGCAAAAAACGAGACAAUUAUGACAAAUGUGGAGAAAGGUUCAUUCAAGUACUUUGAUUACAAAGUCAAUCUUGGUUUUCAUCUUCAGAUAAACGUCAAGGAUCUUGUAGGCAAUACCAUAGUCUAUGCAUCUCGUACUACACCUCAUCCCUAUGAAUAUAAUCACGAUUAUAAGUUUAAUUUAGCCGCACAACCGAACAAAAUUCUAGUAAUUCCAGUGAAUGCAGACUUCACUCCAGAAAGGUUGGUCAAACGAUCUGCGGACGAUGACCUCCGAACAAUCUACGUAUCUGUAACGUCUGUUUCCGAUGUAGCAGAGUUCUCCAUUCAGGCAAGCGAGUGUGAUCCGUCGAAUUGUAGUGAAGGAACAAACGAAAUACAAACGACAACAGCUCAAGUGCUUACAGCAACUCCGUCCAUUGUUUCGUCCAUCACCAUUUCAAUGUCACCAACUUCCUCCUUUACUAUCCCUACUACUUCAUUUAACAUCACACUUUCUGUCACCUCUCAUUCACCAACUUCCUCCUUUACUAUCCCUACUACUUCAUUUAACACCACACUUUCGGUCACCUCUCAUUCACCAACUUCCUUCUUUACUAUCCCUACUACUUCAUUUAACACCACACUUUCGGUCACCUCUCAUUCACCAACUUCCUCCUUUACUAUCCCUACUACUUCAUUUAACACCACACUUUCUGUCACCUCUCAUUCACCAACUUCCUCCUUUACUAUCCCUACUACUUUAUUUAACACCACACUUUCUGUCACCUCUCAUUUUACCUCGAUAUGUUUGAUUACAGAUUUUCGUCGCCCACCAUGCAAUUCGUCUUCUCGCGUAGCGUAUACUCACCAGUUGAUGGUGGCUGUUUUUUUGUCUUUUUUGAUUAUUUUCGUUCAACGAAAUUAAGAAGCUCUAAUCCAGAGGGUCAUUCGUUGGCUCUGAUUUAUUUCUUGGCGUCGAGUCUAAAGUUGGCAUUUUUCAAUUUUCUCGUUGAAAUUAUCAAUCGAUGAAUAAGUUUUCAUCAGCUUAUAGCUUCAAGUCCAGUGUAAUUUUAACCUUAUGAUAAUAUGGAAGAGGAAAUCCAUUCAUGACAGUGUUAAUAAAUAUCUAUCUGUUAAAGUUGCCAUGACUUCAGCGAGGGAUUUUCCCGUUGAUUUUAUUUAUUAUUGUAUUAUUAAUAUUAUUGAUAAUAAUGACAAUAAUUUUAUGUUUUUGUUUAAACAAAUCAACCUGUUAAUAUAAAUUCAACAAGUGUGGAUCAACUUAGCCUCGGUUCCAUACAUGGAACGUAGAGAUUAAGUGCUUUAUGUAAAAUUUCGGUUUUCUCCAACAUCGAAGAUGUGUGCAUGCCACCCGAGAUUUGUGGAAUACAAAGAUCUCUCAAAUAACUUCCUAGCCUAUCGAGACAACCCCAUGAACUACUCACCUCCAGAAGAACGACCUUUGUUGAAACACUUUGCAUUCUUGUUUAUUUUGCAAUAAUGGCAGUAAUGAUAUUAUUAUGAUAAUAAUCAAAUGAUAAUUCAAACCUUCGAACUUAAUGUAUUUCAAGGAUUACAGCACAUUUCACAUUGUAUGUUUCUAUAACUACUCUUCAGUGCAAUAUAUGCGUCAUUAUUUUGCUUUCAAA